AUGUUGGCACAAGUUGCUUCAAGCCACGGCUUGCACACGCAUGAAGACUGCAGCUUGUCUCUUGGGAUUGGAGGCGAUUUUAUCUCACCCGAAAACGGAACGGUCAAGGGUCGAUGCGUGAAAGGAGACUUUCGGUUUCACGGCAGGCUUGAAUCGGUGACAUGUGCGCUUCAUUUCGAAAACUCCAAAAAAAAAAUAACAAUAACCCCCCCCACCUUCCCCCCUUCCCCCCGCCUGUGUGGAAUACUUAUGGCCCAACCCGAGAGAUCCCAAGAGAUCCAUGCGACUACGACUAGAGAUACAGAGUAUUGUAUUUCUGUAGAGCUGAACUCUGGUUUGACAGAAGAUUUCUCUCGAGGUCUACGUCGGAGCAAGCAGUAA